GAGCUGGAUGCUGAACAUGCCCAGAAGGUUUUGGAUAUGGAGCACACCCAGCAGAUGAAGCUAAAGGAGCGUCAGAAGUUCUUUGAGGAAGCCUUCCAGCAGGACAUGGAGCAAUACCUUUCUACAGGAUACUUGCAGAUAGCAGAGAGGCGAGAACCCAUUGGAAGUAUGUCUUCCAUGGAGGUGAACGUGGACAUGCUGGAACAGAUGGACCUAAUGGACAUGUCUGACCAAGAAGCACUCGAUGUCUUUUUAAACUCAGGAGGCGAAGACAAUAAUAUGCUGUCUCCCAUGCUGGGGCCCGACUCCAGCACCUACAUGAACGAGAUAAGCCUGCAGGUCCCGAGCCAGGCUGAGCUGCGGCAGAAGCUGUCCUCGCUGUCGUCCACCUGCACCGACUCUGCCAGCCAGGAGGCCAGCGAAGGAGAGUCUCCAGUCGUCCAGUCUGAUGAAGAGGAGGUUCAAGUGGACACUGCUCUUGCUGCUGUGACUGAGAGAAAGGGUGCUUCAGACGUUAGUGACGAAAGUGACUCUCAAACGAUUUGAAUCUUAAACCCAUAUCCUUUCAGAAUGACUUCGGGAUGAAUGAACACGUGAAUGAAGAGCUUGCCUGUGUAACCGUUUCAUAACCGAGCAUUAACAGACAGCCAGAUCUUUUUACUUAGAAAUACUGCCUUUUUACAAAAUUGCCAGUUGUGUGGAGGUUGGGGUCUUUUUCUUAAAAAAAAAAAAAAAUAAUGCCUAAAGCACACACACUUUACCAGUAGUCUUGGGGCUCAGGGGAGCAGUACAACUGUUGUAUAUACUAUGUAUAAGAGAAUUCAAGGGCAAAGAUACAAGUUACUUCGACCACUAACCUUUAAAUGGCUGAAAUACUUAGACCCGAUGUGUAAUACUGAACCCAAAUUGUUCCUUGCAUGUUUUCAGCUGCUGCAACUGAAGAUUUAGGAUCCAAACCAAAAUGAAAAGUGAUUUUCUACUCUUUACUACCUACUGUCUGCCUACUGCCUUUGUCUACUAACGCAGCAGUGUCUACUCUCUCAUACUUCUUAUCCAGGACCAACUUAGUUAUCAUAGGUGUUAAGGAAAAAAAAAAGCAAAGCUGAGGAGGAGAGAUGCGGAUUGAAAUGUCACACUCCUCAUGGAGCAGGUAUCUUAGCACUGUAUAAACUUACUCCUCUUUCAAGAUAAAAUAAAGUAUUUCUAUCCCAACCA